UUUUCUUUUCGGCAUUGAACUUUUCGAAUGGAAAUUUGACCGCCGAAAUUCAAAUUUAUACUAUACAUAUCAAGCUGCUUCUCUAUCGAUUCUUGGACACUCGCUGUGUAGUUCUCAUAGCAACCAUCGGUCUCAAAUCCUCUUCUGUGUACAACGAGCCAUUACCGAACUAAAUUAAUUCAUUUCCUCGAUUUCGUAUUUAUUAUCACUUCAUUACGAUUGAACAAUGGAAUUCGAAAUUGCCUGCGUUUAUCGUAUGUUUAGAGUAUUGUUGGAUUUGAUGAGCGCACUUGAAGUUGCGCUUGAAAAUGAAUCAGCUGUAAGGACUGCCGAUGAUCGGAACUCCCACCAAAAAGGUUUCAAUUCGAUAGCAGAUUUGAAGAAGCAUCUAAUAUCGUUCAGUGAUAUCGUGAAUAUACGUAUGAAAACGAAGCCGUAUGAAAAACGUCAGAGCCAAAAAAGGCUCCAAUCUUCAAUGGCAAAUCUCAAGGAAGCUCAAUCCGAAAUGGAAGCUAUAAAGUCAGCUCUCGGGGAAGCAAGAUCAGAACACGAACGUACCGCUGGUCUCAUUUUGGCGGAAAUCGAAGUCGAAAAUUCGAAUCUUGAAAAAAUAAGGGCUCAUCAUGCUGCAGAGCUAAUUUGACAAAUAGAUAAAUCAAAAGAGAAAAUCAUCAAAAUUCACGAAGAUGAAGACGAAGUCAUUGAGCUACUGAAAGUUGAGAUCGGUUUGAAUGAGAAAUAUCUCAACGUUACAUUACGAUCAGAAAACAUGAGGAAGGAGCGAGAUUUAUACAAACGACGCUCGAAAUCUGAGGCGGAAUAUCUGAAAGUACUCGCUAAUUACGACAAGAAUGUUGGGGCGCUUCAUCACAGAAUGGAAAAUCUUACGGACCGAUGCAAUCAAUUGACAGAAAGACUGAAAAUUUUUCAAGAAGAGCUCGCAAUCCAGAAGCUCCGGUACGUCGAGUUAAAGGAGGAACGAGAAUUGAUCAUUCUGAAAGCUUUCACGGAGAAUUUGGAAAAUUUCAAGCACAACCGUGCAGCAAGAAUAAUUCAGAGAUUUUGGAGAAAUUAUUACGAACGGUGGAGUAUGCGGAAGAAAAAGAAAUCGAAGAAGAAGAAAAAGUGAAGCAGCGAAUUGGAAAUUCGUUUAGUUACAAUAAAUCCUAAUAUAAUUUGUCGACAAACGCGGUCUCAUUAUUUGAAUUUCCCCCGCAUGAAUUAAAAUAUAUAUUUUCAAAGCAAAGGUAAUACCAAAUUUUGGACAGUGAAAGAAGUUUAUUCGAUAUAUAAGUUUAAUAAUAUUUUUUUAUUCAGUUUAUCUUUUUCGUGUGCGACGCAGUGCGUUCAUUUAUUAUUGGUACACUCUGUUUCACUAACAUUUUAGGAAACAGUAAAUCCCAGAAGAGUCCGGAGAUCUUUUUUGUUAUGAAAAGUGCGAGUAAAAGAAGAAUUAUAA